AUGGUAUGUUAUAUUUUUUUACAACAUAAUGAUCAUAAUGUUGUAUCAAGUUCAUUGGAAACACAUGAAAUUAUACUUAAAUAUUCAAAUUUAUUUGAUUUUGAUCAAUUAUUAAUUUCAAUUCAAAUUGGAUCUAUAGAAAAAACUUGUGUUAGUGAAGCCUUAAAAACAGAUAUUACAUAUCUUUUAUCUUUAUGUGAACACGGUGAUCUACAUUUACGUGGUGCAUGUGUAAAUUUACUUGUUACAUUAAUUCAAACAACAAAUCAUCUUUUAACACUAUCGUCAUUAUCAAAUUCAUUUAUUAAUUAUUUUAUUAAUCAAUAUUCACUUGUAUCAACUGAUUCACAACAUUUUAUUUAUUGUAUUGCUGAAUUUCUUGUUAUGUUAUCACAUGAUACACUUCAUUCAAAACGAGUUAUUAAAAUACAAGAUUUAAUAAAACAUUAUGAUUCAUUAUUAGCAAGUGGACAUGAACCUGAAACACAUGCUUUAGCAGCAUUAGAACCAGUUUUAUAUGAUUUUUUUCUUGUUCGAGUUAUGCGAAUAAUUAAAAUUCCUAAAAAGUUUUAUUAA